GAAAUAAAGAAGUACACACAAAGAGCAUGUCAUUAAAUACUCUGUUCUGAGGGCUACAGAAGACACUGAGAAGUCACACUGUAACAAUGACGACUACUUCAGUUAACAGCUGGCCUUGCUCCUCCUAUGGAAUGCACUUUAUAACGAAUCACAGUGACGAAUCCUCACAAAAUUUCUCCACAGUGCCAAAUGAUACUAGCUGUCCAAUGGAUGAAAAACUACUAUCUACAGUGUUAACAACCUUCUACUCUGUUAUUUUCAUCGUGGGACUGGUUGGGAACAUCAUUGCCCUCUAUGUAUUUCUGGGCAUCCACCGCAAAAGAAAUUCCAUUCAAAUUUAUCUACUUAAUGUGGCCAUUGCAGACCUUCUACUCAUCUUCUGCCUCCCUUUCCGCAUAAUGUAUCACAUCAACCAAAAUAAGUGGACACUAGGUGUGAUUCUUUGCAAGGUUGUGGGGACGCUAUUUUACAUGAACAUGUACAUCAGUAUUAUUUUGCUUGGGUUUAUCAGUUUGGAUCGCUAUGUAAAAAUUAAUCGGUCUAUACAACAAAGGAGGGCAAUAACCACCAGGCAAAGUAUUUAUGUUUGCUGUAUAGUAUGGGCAGUUGCUCUUGCUGGGUUUUUAACUAUGAUCAUUUUGACACUGAAGAAGGGAGGGCACAAUUCCACAUUGUGUUUCCAUUACAGAGACAGGCAUAAUGCAAAGGGAGAAGCAAUUUUUAACUAUGUUCUUGUGGUAAUGUUCUGGCUUAUUUUCCUACUGAUAAUCCUCUCAUAUAUUAAGAUUGGCAAGAAUCUACUAAGGAUUUCUAAAAGGAGGUCAAAAUUUCCUAAUUCUGGCAAAUAUGCUACAACAGCUCGGAACUCCUUUAUCGUACUGAUCAUUUUUACUAUAUGUUUUGUGCCUUAUCAUGCCUUUCGAUUCAUCUACAUUUCUUCACAGCUAAAUGAGCCUUCUUGCUACUGGAAGAGAAUCGUUCACAAAACCAAUGAGAUCAUGUUGGUUCUUUCCGCUUUCAACAGCUGCUUAGAUCCAGUCAUGUAUUUCCUGAUGUCCAGUAAUAUUCGCAAAAUCAUGUGCCAACUUCUUUUUAGAAGAUUUCAAAGUGAAGCAAGCAGAAGUGAAAGUACUUCAGAAUUUAAGCCAGGGUAUUCCCUGCAUGAUCUAUCUGUGGCAGCCAAAAUGCAGUACAAUACUAAGGGUAACUGA